CUCGACCAGCGGCUGCGCGCCAUCAUUUUCCCACUUCCCCGUCAUAACCCAGACUACUUCCCUUCUCUUCCUCCUCCUACUCCUUCUAGAACAGAAGAAAAUGAGAUUAAUUUUUUUCUUCAAAGUCUAUUCUUCACCCUCCUCUCCUUCCAAUGACAAACUUCUCUUCUCCACCUCUUCCCCCGUCCUCUCCCAAAACGCUAACCCAAUCGCAGUUCGCCACCCUCUUCAGAUGCCAGCUGCUUGCUGCGGCGGCCUCGAAUGCGUUCUAUGCGCCACGUGCGCCCGAUGGGCUUGGCGCCGCUGCUCCCACGCCGGUGCCCACGACAGCGCAUCAUGGCCUCCCGCCUCCGCCCCAGAUUUUGCCCCCAUCCCCCGAGCCUGCCGUGCCAUCCUCGCUUCUUACGAAGACGAUCUUUCCCAGCCUCGCUGGGCUCCACCCCCCUUCGGCUAUCGCAUCGAUCCUUCCUCCGUCAUCCGCCGCGCCACCUACGCCGACACCGCCGACCGCUGCCCUCCUUACCUUAUCUAUUUCGACCGCUACAAUUCCGAGGUCGUUCUAGCAGUCCGAGGCCUCAACCUCGGCCGCGGAGCGGAUUACCGCCUCCUGCUCGACAACAGACCGGAGCCCCAGCGUUUUGAUGGAGGCUACGUGCACCGGGGGCUGCUCAAGGCGGCUGUUUGGGUUCUGAACCGUGAGGCAGAGACGCUGCGAAGGGUAUUGAUGGAAGCCGGGCCGGAGUGCCGGCUGGUGUUCGCCGGGCAUUCGUUAGGUGCAGGGGUGGCGGCGAUGAUGGCUGCGGUGGCGGUUAAUUGCUUGGACAGGUUUGGUGGCAUUGAGAGGGAGAGGGUGAGGUGCUAUGCUGUGGCGCCCGCAAGGUGUAUGUCGAUUGACCUGGCAGUCAAGUACGCCGAUGUCAUACACUCUGUCGUUCUUCAGGAUGAUUUCUUGCCAAGAACACCGACACCCUUGGAACAUAUCUUUGGAUCUAUUUUCUGCUUACCUUGCUUGCUAUUUCUAGUUUGCAUGAGGGAUACAUUCAUGCCUGAGGUUAAAAUGCUCAAAGACCCAAAAAGACUUUAUGCUCCAGGUCGAAUAUAUCAUAUUAUUGAGAGAAGACCAUGCAGCUGUGGGAGAAUGCCUCCUGAUGUUAAGACUGCUAUUCCAGUCGAAGGAAGAUUUGAGCACAUUGUGUUAUCUUGUAAUGCUAUGUAUGAUCAUUCACUUGUUUGGAUAGAGCGAGAAGCUCAGAAGGCUUUAGAUAGAAUGCAAGAAAGCUAUGAUUCUAUGAUCCCUCCUACACAACCGAUAAUUGUAAGGGAUCAAUCCCCUGAUAGAGAGUACAAGGAUGCAGUCGAGAAGACAGCACACUUGAUGACUAAGUAUAAUGAUUUCAGUUCGAAUAAACAUGAAAAAAUUUACAUCCCGCUUGAUUAUGAUCAGAAUGGGAUGAGUUAUAUGGAGCCAAAGUCUGAUUGGGUAGAACUGGUGGAGAAGCUCUUUAAUGAUGAUGAUGAAGCUGAAGGCCACGGGGUUAUGGAAAAGAGUAGUAAUGGAGAUGUUAAUCAACAUUCUCUUUUACACACCUAUGACUAGGAAGAUUCUGGUACUUGUACAGUCACAUUAAUUCAUUUAUUUAUUUAUUUUAGGAGGAGAUGCAUUUUGUUUCAUGUUUCGCUUCCCAUUCCAUUCCUAAUUUUUUGUUCUUGUAGUGAAUAGUAGUAGCUUCUUUCUCUUUGAAAUGGUUUGAAUAUUUGGUUCCUGCUUCAUAUGUAUCUUAACUAUACUAGCUUUGAGAUAAAUAGCCCUUUCGAUUGAAUUGGGCAAGGUGAUGUAACUUCAGCAAUAGCUAUAUAUAUAUAUAGAAAGAGAGAGAAUGUGUGUGUACUGA